AUGGGUAUCUCACGAGACUCUCGCCACAAGCGUUCCGCGUCCGGUGCGAAGCGCGCAUACUACCGCAAGAAGAGGGCUUUCGAGAAGGGUCGCCAGCCUGCCAAUACCCGUAUUGGCACUAAGCGUAUCCAUCUUGUCCGCACCCGUGGCGGCAACCGCAAGUUCCGUGCUCUCCGUCUCGAGUCCGGCAACUUCUCCUGGGGCUCUGAGGGCAUCGCCAAGAAGACCCGUGUCAUCGGUGUCGUCUACCACCCCUCCAACAACGAGCUCGUCCGUACCAACACCCUGACCCGCUCCGCUAUCGUCCAGAUCGAUGCCGCUCCCUUCAGGCAAUGGUACGAGGCCCACUACGGCUCCUCGCUCGGCCGCAGGAGGCAGGCCAAGGCCGGUGAGAAGGAGGAGGACAAGAAGAAGUCCAACUCGGUCACCAAGAAGCAGGCUGAGCGCCUCAAGACCAGUGGAAAGAUUGAGAAUGCUGUUGAGAAGCAGUUCGAGGCCGGUCGUCUGUACGCCGCUGUCUCUUCCCGUCCCGGCCAGAGCGGUCGCUGCGACGGUUACGUCCUCGAGGGUGAGGAGCUUGCUUUCUACCAGCGUCUCCUCAGGAAGUAA